ACCAAACCAAGAAAAACAUUGUGAACAACUCCCUCCAUCACGUUGCCUUACCUUCUCGUCUUCUUCCUUCUUUCUUCUUCGCCUUUUGUUCAACUCCCUCUCUUUUUACGAAUACAACUCCAGAUUCUUUUAAACCCCCAAAUUCUAGGGUUUCUGUUCGUUUUCUUUGCUCAGAGAUCCUAAUUUGAUAAUUCUCUCUCUUCUCUUUAUUCAGUGUCUCCUUUGGGCUUUUGUUCACCAUGUCGAGUUUGGAGGAGCCACUUGGUUUCGACAAGCUGCCUAGCAUGAGUACUAUUGAUGGGAUUCAGAGGUUCUCAGCUGGUGCUUGUAGGCCUAGAGGAGAAGAUAUGGGCAUGGGAACCUGCUGGAUUGAAGGGAGGAGUUGCAGCACAUCUAAUAGUUGUGAUGAGGAUUAUGAAGAAUAUACAGGGGAGGCAUUCCCAUGGAGAAGACAUGUGAGGGAUGUGUCUGAAGGUGGAGCCUUCAACAGAAGGGCUUCAAGUCUAAGCAAGAAUCGCAUGAAAUGCGGACAUGUUUGUGACUCAAGGUACUUGCCAGAUCUUCAGUAUAGGUCCAAGUGCAAUGGCAGAGGUGUACGAGGCAUAACAAAUAAGCCGUUUUUAAAAGAUAUACCAAAGUUUGUGAAGAUGGUAGAAGUUGGUCCAAGGGAUGGAUUGCAAAAUGAGAAGAAUAUUGUACCUACGUCUGUAAAGGUUGAAUUGAUUCGGAGAUUGGUAUCUUCAGGGUUGACUGUUGUUGAAGCUACAAGUUUUGUGUCUCCUAAAUGGGUGCCUCAGCUAGCAGAUGCAAAAGAUGUAAUGAAAGCAGUUCAUAACAUGGAGGAUGCCAGAUUGCCUGUUCUCACUCCUAAUCUAAAGGGCUUUGAAGCAGCUGUUGCAGCGGGUGCAAAAGAAGUAGCUGUCUUUGCAUCUGCUUCUGAUUCCUUUUCAAAGUCAAACAUUAAUUGUAGCAUCGAAGAAAGCCUUGUCCGCUACCGUGCUGUCUGUGCUGCUGCUAAGGAGCUUUCAGUUCCUGUUCGUGGGUAUGUAUCAUGUGCGGUUGGAUGUCCGGUGGAAGGAGCAAUUCCUCCAUCGAAAGUGGCCUAUGUGGCAAAGGAACUUUACAAUAUGGGUUGUUUUGAAAUUUCCCUUGCUGAUACAAUUGGAGUUGGCACCCCUGGUAACACUCUACAGUCUACACUAUCACUGUUAAGAAACAAAGUGUGUGGGUUGAGUGGCGCCAAAAAAAAAAAAGUGUGUGGGUUGAGUAGGAAGCAAUCACUAUUAGCUUUUGUGCUUAGAUUUUGCUUUCUUUUGAUGGGGAUUAGCACAGUGGAUUCAUCGGUAGCAGGUUUGGGUGGUUGUCCAUACGCCAAGGGAGCUUCAGGGAAUGUUGCCACUGAGGAUGUGGUGUAUAUGCUUAAUGGCCUUGGUGUCAAAACAAACGUGGAUCUGGCGAAGCUCAAGUUGGCCGGGGAUUUCAUCAGCGACCAUCUGGGUCGCCAAUCUGGUUCCAAGACCGCUAUUGCUUUGGGCCGGGUAACAGCCGAUGCCUCCAAGAUAUAGAGAACAUACCUAUAAUUAUAAUGGAAUAAUUCUAUCCAGAUCGGAUCAUCUCUGCUCUAGCUAGCAAAAAGGGGAACAUGUUUCAUUGCACGGUUUGUUCCUUACAUUGUAUAUUGCUAUAGAAAAUAAAAGAAACCUCAAACCAUAUACGUGGUACUAAUCGUUAUUUUGGGAAUGGCAGAUAUAAUAAUAAUAAUAAUAUUGUUAUUAUUAUUAUGUUAAAAGUAUCCACCAAGCCUUGCAAAAAGCUGCCUAUUGCAAGCGAUAGGAGUUGUAGUAUCUCUAAUGAUGGAUUGUUGUAUCCAGCACAUACAAGAUUCAUGGAGUCUAUAUUUAAACCCAACAAUUUCAUCAAGACAAACCCAGUUAGAAAUGACAUAAUUAAUGAACAACUAGAAAGUAUCUGCUCCUUUUCUUUCUUGUUCUUUUGUAAAUAGAAAAUAUCUUCUUUGGCCUUUGGGGGUUCAUGGGAAAGUUGUGCAUGCUUCCAUUGUAAAUGUCGCCCUGGAGUUAAUGCAACAGCACUCCGUGAAAUGAUGAAACUACAAAGACAUCUUAUGACAAUAAGUGCCACCUGCUGGUUCUGGUCUCAAAAGAUGAUUAGGGCAAAUAAGGAAAUUCAAUCAUGGUUGGCGGUGUCGUUGUUGAGAGGCUGAUGGGAAUGGCAGAAUCAUUAAACCAUGUUCUAGACCUGUCACUCAUAUCUAGCUGUUGUAACAAUUCAUUCUUUGAGUUUUGCGUUGCAAGAAAAUAAUUCCCUCCUACCUUGUAGAUUCAA